AUGGCGGUGGACGUCUCCGCCGCCGCGUUCACCGAGCUCCAGGCCUCGCGCUCCGGCCUCGCCUCCAUCCUCCGUUCCACCUCCGACGUCGAAACCGCCCUCUCCGACUUCGACGCCCGCCUCUCCUCCCACCUCUCCGCCCUCUCCACCGUCUCCGACACCGUGUCUCCGCUCCAGUCCCACGCCGUCGCCGCCCGCGCUCUCCGCUCCCGCAUCGACCGGGCCAUCUCCCCUGCCCUCGCUCUCCUCCAAGCUUUCUCUCUCGUCCGCUCCCUCCAACGCCGCCUCCUCCGCCUCUCCCCCUCCCCUUCCGACCCCGGCACUCUCAUCGACUACGUCGACUGCGUCGACCGCCUCCACGACGCUGUCGCAGGCGUCGCGGCUGACUGCGAUCCCGCCGUGCAGCGGCUCCAGGAGGCUGUAGAGUUCCUGAGCCGAACCAAGGCCACGGACCGCCUCCGCCUCCGUCGUCUCCAGGAGACGCUGACCGCUCUCCAGGCGAUCUACGCCGACGAGGUCGAUGCCCUCCGAUACGAGGGUCUAUUGGACGAAGCCCUAGUCCGGCUCCAGGACGACUACGAAUCCCUCCUGCUCCUGCUGAAACACAAUGCCCUAGGCGAAUCUGACGGCCCCGACCAAUUCGCCCAAUCGACCGACGGCUCCGAUCUCGCCCCUCUCGCCUCGCCUCUCCAGGUCCAGGCCCUCCGGCGAAUCUCCCAAACUCUCGCCACCAACGAUUGCCUCGACAUCGCGAUUGACAUCUUCGUCAAGGUGAGAUAUCGUCGGGCUGCGAAGGCGUUGAUGAGGCUAAGCCCAGAGUACCUGCGGACGUACGCGCCGGAAGAGAUAGACGCGAUGGGGUGGGCGGAGGUGGAGGCGGCGAUCACUCUUUGGAUCCGGCACCUCGAAUUGGCGGUGCAGACACUGUUCGCCCUCGAGAAGCAGCUCUGCCGCGACGUUCUGGGUCCCUUGAUGGACGGCGUCGUCUGGCCCGAAUGCUUCGCCAAGAUCGCCGACCGUAUCAUGGCCGUUUUCUUCCGCUUCAGCGAGGGCGUCGCCCGGAGCUCCAAGCAGCCGCACAAGCUCUUCAAGCUCCUCGACAUGUUCGACGCCUUGGCCCGCAUCCGGCCACAGUUAGAGUCUACCUUCGACGGCGAGCCGGGCGGCGAUAUUCGCGCGCGGUUCCGCGAGCUCCAGAAGCUGGUUGUCCAUGCGGCCGCCAAGGCAUUGUGGGAGUUCGGUCUCCGGAUCGAAGGCCUGCAGGACGCCGCCGAGCCGUCGCCCGGGGACGGAUCGGUGCCCAAGGUCGUCCGGCACGCCGUUCAUUACCUCAAAUGCCUCGCGACCGCCAGGUACGCUGGACCGAUGGAACGAGUGCUCCGAACAGAGCGCAAUUGGAGAGAAGACCCGCCGUCCCGUCCUCCGGUGGAUGACGCCAGCGACGAUGGUCUUCUCCGCGAUGUGGCCCGCAACAUCCUAGAGGCGCUGCAGAGGAACGUGGAGGCGAAGCGCGCGAGGUGCGGGAAGAAGGACCGCGCGCUUCCUCACGUCAUGGCCACCAAUGCGUACUGGUACGUGCACACGCGGACGCGAGGGACGGAGCUGGCGAAGCUGGUGGGGGAAGAGACGAUGAGAGCGACGUUCAAAAACGCGGCGGAGCAGGCGGCGUUCGCGUACCAGGAGUCGGCAUGGGGAAUGCUGCUGAGUUUGGUGGAGAGGGACGACGCGGCGGCGAAGGCGGAGCAGGGGAAGGGGAAGGCGAGGGCGAGGGCGAAGUUGGAGGAGUUCAUGAGGGGAUUCGAGGUCAACAUGAGGAAGCACCGAAGCCUCUACGGCUUCCGCGAUGCCGACCUGAGAAAUCAGAUUCGGGAGGCUGUGGAGAAGACGGUGGUGCCCGCCUACGCUGAGUUCUUGCACGCUAACGCGGCGGCGAUCCCCGUAAGGGCGUUCCUGCCACCCGACUCGAUCCGUGCUCUAAUUCGGCAGGCAUUCGACGCCGCCGAAGAAGGGGAAGAAGAGGAAGGCAAGAAACCGAGCUCCGUUCCUAAGCCUGAAGGCGAGAAAGUUCCACAGCGUAGGGAACGGAUCCGGCGAGGGCAGGAGCGGCCGCCGGAGCUUGGAGGUUCUGGUUCCUUCGGACAUUAGCUCAACGAAAAAGGCCACGACAUACUACACGAAUAACAGCUAGUAUAUAUGAGCAUACAUAAUCAUUUCAUUGUAGAUAAUGACGAAGAUGCAAAUAUUAUAGAGGAAAUCUAUCUGUUGGAUUUCAUAUUGAGGGCUUCUUAUCGUCUGUUCGAUUCAAUAGUGUG